CCCCUGCCCUGCCCCCCUGCCGACCGCUGGCUGUGCGGCAUCCACGGCCCAGGACCGAGCAGUGCUCCCGACAGCAGUAAUAGAGCCCCACCCUGUCCGCCAGCCGCCUCCUUUCCUCCAAAGGUGCCCAGGGGCCAGCCUGUCCUGCCUUGGGUGUCUCCAGACCAUGGCUCCCUCCCAACCAACCCCCACUCGGUCCUGACUUCUAGCCUGUUCCCUGCCCCUUCCCACCACUCCUCCUUCCCUGGGGGCUUGUUGGGAGCAAGCUGGAGGAAUUCCUGGCCCGAGUCAGGGGAGGUGCCCCGGCAGGCGGGAGGCAGCGCGCACACGCCAGGGACCGCUCCAAAUUCCAGCUCCCACGAGCCUGCUGGGAGGGAGCCAAGUGGGGCCGUGGAGCAGGGUGGGGAGGCCCUCCCCAUGGAAGCCAGGAGGGCACAGGGGAGUCUGGGGAAGGGCCAGGGGUGCCGAAGAAGCAGACAGUCAGAGCAGAUGCGGGAGCCCCAGGGGCACAGAGCGUACCUCCUCCAGGACCCAGGUGGGAAGAUUGAGGACCCCUGGGUAUCAAACUCAAAGCUCCGGACCCGGGAUGUUGUGGGGGUGACCGUCUAUGACCAGACACCAAAUGUCUCGGGAAGAAGAGGGGUGUUUGAGGGGAUGGAUAAUGCUCUGGGGAGCGGCUGCUGUGGGGUGGGGGCCUGCUUGGAAGAGCCCAUGGCGGGGGACGAGGCGGUGGCCAGGGAGAUGGGGAAGUUGGCCGUCAGCUAUCUUUAG